AUGCUCGCGAGGGGAACGGGCCUCCUCAGCAGCGCGCUACAGCGAAGGCGGAAGGUGACCAGACUCACACGCCGGCUGCACGACGGCGCUCACACGGCGGCUACCGCGAGACUCCACCGUUCCCCAGACAAACCUAACCGCCAGGGGCCGGUCAAGGCCGGUCUGGGGGCAGCCGGCGGGGCGCGGGCACGGGCAAGGGGCGUGCGCACGGGUGGCUCCCGCCCCGGCCCACAGGUGCCCCGAAGUCCCAGCGCCGCAGAGCCCCCGGCCCGGCCCCCGAGCGCGGGCAGCGAGCCCACCCCGACCCCGCCCCCCGCCCCGCCCGCCGGCCUCACCUCCGCGGGCAGCCGGGCCUUCCGGGCCGUGCAGCCGGGCCGGCGGCGCUCCCUCCGACUCCGGAUCCCGCCGCCCGGGCCCCGCCGUCCGCAGCGCGCCCGCCACGGCAGCGCCGGGAGCCGAGCGUCCCCCGCAGGACCCGGCCCGCGUACCCGGCCCGGGAACGUGGCGCGAGAGCCCGAUGGAGGCUUGCCGUCAGGGAAGGUGCGAGAACACGGCCCCCUCUGCCGCCGGAGCCGGGCCCGCCCCCGCCCACCCCGCCGGCCAGACCCCUUCCUCCGCCGGGCCCCUCCCGAACCUUCUGCAGCGCGCACUUCCUCCGCGGGGUCAGGGCCCGGCUCCCGAGCUUGGGGACCAAACCUGUUCCAGCCGAGCGACUGGGCCCAUGGCGCAGUCAGCAUAGACCCCGGGGUGCUGGCAAUGGGGCCCCGGAGAAACUGCUUGCCAGCUCAAAGCAAGGCACGAGCUGCGGAGAAGGAGCCGGAAACUUGGAUGUAGCUGUUCACAUCGUCCUUAUUUCACCUGAGUGAAGUGCAUUGUUGAGUAAAACCCACAACCCUAAGAUGAAGCCAUUGACAGGCAUGGGAGGCGCUCAAACUUGAGCAAAGUUCUUCCUAGGAAAAGAAGGAAGAUUUUCCUAUGAACAAUAAAAGAUUCCACCAGCACUUAGAAAAGAGAGAUAUGGAGUGGACUAAAAGCUAUUAGACUUAUGGGAGCCCUGGGUUACUCACCAAGUACAUUAGUUCUUAAUUCAUUUUGGAACCCUAUAUCUGCACAGUUAAAUAAUAAGCCUAACACCCCCCCCAAAAAAGUGAAAUGACUUAGUUAUUAUUCCUCAAGACAUGGGUUAGUCAAUUUCAACCCCUCUAAGUUUUAGUCAAAAAUCAUUGAAGAAAAAUGAGUCCUGGAUAUUGCCUGAAAACCAUGCAUUGGCCUCUUCUGGUUAGAUCAAGAAAGUGCCGGCAUCAAAACUUGUGGAAUUGGAUCAGCUGCUUGGAAAAGAGUCCUGGGUUCACCAGGGGAGCCCUCUUCUAAGACUUGAUGCAUCACCAACACUUUUGGUGGCACAGAGGACAAUACUGUAUGGAAAACCACAGCCAUCGACAACUAAUUCAAAAAGUGAUUUACAAAAGUUGAGUUCUGAAUGUGAAGAAGUUAUUGGAACACCUUAACCAAUUUUACUUAUACUUCCCUUUUUAUGCAUGCACAAGACUGAUACAUAAUAAAUGAUCUGAAUCUAAGUGUGAAAGAGUUCUUUCACUACGUAUGAAAUAAAAUUACUG